UGUAACCAAACGUGUAUCAACUCACCUGGAAAUUACUCGUGUUCUUGUAAUCCUGGCUUUGAGCUCGAUGAUGAUGGGUUUACAUGCAGUGAUACCAAUGAAUGUAAUGCAACAGACGUGUGUAGUAAUGGGGACUGUACAAAUACAUAUGGAAGCUACUAUUGCACUUGUGAUGACGGUUUCACAGGAACUGGAAAUGACUCUUGUAUAGAAAUCGAUGAGUGUGAAUCGAAUCCUUGCCAAAAUGGAGCGACUUGCAUAGACGGGAUCAACAUGUAUAACUGUACCUGCGCACCUGGUUAUACUGGAACCAAUUGCACAAUAGAAAUCGAUGAGUGUGAAUCGAAUCCUUGCCAAAAUGGAGCGACUUGCAUAGACGGGAUCAACAUGUAUAACUGUACCUGCGCACCUGGUUAUACUGGAACCAAUUGCACAAUAGAAAUCGAUGAGUGUGAAUCGAAUCCUUGCCAAAAUGGAGCGACUUGCAUAGACGGGAUCAACAUGUAUAACUGUACCUGCGCACCUGGUUAUACUGGAACCAAUUGCACAAUAGCUACAACUACCACACAACCCACGCCAACUAUUCCAGAAGAUACUAGUUCCACAACGACUUCUGUUUCUGAUUCUACCACUUAUCUAACAACGAUAUCUUCACCUGGUAUGUUCAGAAGGGAAAAUGAAUUAAGAAAUUGUAUAUCAACACAUUUUGCAUUUAUGUUUCUGCCCGUAAAAGUAAAAAUGUGUGCACGGAUAUAA